CUGAAGAUCACAACAACAACUUGUUUACAGAAUCUAACGUUGACAGCUAGAAAUGUGAGAGAAGUGUACCGGCUGGAUUUACGAAAUAUUUGAAGGCAGCAGUACAACUGUAUCAGUUUUCAGUUGACCGUUAUUACACUAGCUAAAUUGUUAGAGAUGGGGGAAUCUCCGACCCAUGGCUCAGGUGAUUAUGACUACCUCAUCAAAUUCCUUGCUCUAGGUGAUUCAGGUGUUGGGAAAACUUCCAUGUUAUAUCAGUAUACAGAUAAUGUGUUCACAGGUAAAUUUAUCUCGACAGUCGGGAUCGACUUCAGAGAAAAACGUGUGGUACAUAGAGCACCUGGUACUGAUGGUACGCUAGGAAGAAGUCAAAGAAUACAUCUACAAUUGUGGGAUACUGCUGGUCAAGAGAGGUUUAGGAGUUUAACUACUGCAUUUUUCCGAGACGCAAUGGGAUUUCUACUCUUGUUUGAUCUGACAAGUGAACAGUCAUUUAUGAAUAUACGCAACUGGUUGACGCAACUUCAGACACACGCAUACUGCGAGAAUCCUGAUAUUGUUUUAUGUGGCAAUAAGGUUGAUCUAGAAGAUCAACGACAAAUCAGCGAACAAAGAGCCAGGGAGAUGGCAGAAAAACAUGGAUUGCCUUAUUUUGAAACAAGUGCAGCAAAUGGCCAGAAUGUUGCCAAGGCAAUAGAAUGUCUCUUGGACAUGGUCAUGUUGCGAAUGGAACGUUCUGUAGACAAGUCCAUUUUUCCUGGAUCUAAAAAUAAAAGUAGAUAUGAAAUGGAUGAAGCUGGAGGUGAAGGAGGCUGUGGCUGCUGAUUGGUUGUUAUUUUUAGUUUAUAUGUUACUAUUUAUAGACAACGCCUACAAAACUUUAGAGAAACGAAAAAAAGGACCAUAGAUAUUAGUUUAGUUAAAGGAAGGUAGUUUUUAUCAGCAUGCCCAUUCACGCACUGCAGUACGUGAAUCACGCACAAAAUAUCAAAUGCACGCAUAAAAAUCACUUGUUGGGGGUACAUGCACGCAGAGAUUCGGAACUCCUGUUCAGCUGGCAAAUCGCUGUUUAUUUCAUCAUGCACUUGCCAAUUGUUUGGUACAGUCUUAAACGCAGAUCCGGUCCAGGGACGUGAUAAUUUCGUUUCCAUCACCGAAUUCUCGGCGUAAUUGUCAGCCGCAUAGAGGGGUUUCGUAAGUGUUUUAGUCAGACGUCACAUGGGUCGUGUGCAAAAAAGUAUGGAUUUAAAAGGCAUUUUAGCUUUUAUAAACUCAACAAAAGGUCAACAGUAUUUUAUUUUUGGAUAUUUAACUGCAAUUUUGAUACACAUUGCAUAUCUGUAAUAGUUUGGGCAUUUAUUAUUGAUUGGCGAUUUUUAUCAGUCUUCAGUUGACUGUAUGUUAUUUCGGACAAGUCAUGUUCCGUCCACGAAAUCGGGAAUACAUGAACCGUGCUGAAAACUUAUUUAUAUUUAGUAUAAUAUUGGGAGGGGUCCUAUGAUUCAAAAUUUCCUAUCUUAACUUUGGAAAAACAUUUUAAAUUUUCUAAAAUUAUCUCGUCUGUUAUACCCCACCCACGAGAGUUCUGCAUGAAAAAAAAACAUGUAUAUACAAAUUUCAGUAGUUAAAUAGAAAAAUUUCAGAUCUACCAUGUAGUGUACCCCCAGAUUUUGAAGUGUACCCCUAUUUUGCAAAAGCAGGGGGUACAUGUACCCUUAACUUUAAAAAUGAGUGGGCAUGCUGUUUUAUUCACCUUUAUGUGAUUCAUAGAGGUAAAGAAUGGAAUUGUUUAGCUUUUAGGAACAAAUUAUGUUCUUAGUACUUGAACUAGUAUAGUCAGAGGGGCCAUGGCAUUUUAAAUUUAUAUUGUUGAUAUGUCUUUAAUGGUUGCUUUUGCCUGCAAGAACCAAUUUGUAUAAAAUUUAGCUAGAAAAUCUUAGCUUCUGCAUGCUACAUUACAGUUCAGAUUUAAGCUGUCAUAGCAACUGCUUAAGAAUUUGGGAUAUUUGGAACCCCUUUGCCUUCAUGGUAAAACCUGAAUAACCAAAUAAAAUAAUUGACACAGUAAUUGUUUCAGUAAGAAAUGAUAUUUUUUGUCCAUAACUGUGAUUCAUUACUGUUGUGAAAAGUUUUUGUUAUAAAAUCGAGAUUAUUUCAUUGUUGUACAGGCGUGCAUACAUUGUAGGAUUUUUAGUCUGUAGUUUUCUAAAUACGUCUUUUGCAUUUAAAAAUAAAUAAAUCACGUAAAGCGAAAUUUCGAAGUUUAAAACUUUGUACAUUUAUGCGAUGGUUUGAAAUAUCAUGCUGUAAAAUCAUUUAAUUUCAUGGGCAUUAAAUUUUGUGGUUUUAGUUAUGGGGAUAUGAAUUUGUGGAUUUCAGUUUUUGAACAUAUAAAUACAAAUAAAUGGGAAUUUUUCUGUAUGACUGUAUGUGUAUACAUGUAUGUAUACACAUUUUGAAAUCUAGGCUUCUCUGUUGUUAAGAAUACUCAGCCUUGAUGUUGUGAGAUUGGUGUUUGUAAAACUGCAAGUAUUUCAAAUUGUUAAAUUCUGCAUACUGUAAAAUCAUUUAAAUUCGUAGGCAUGAAAUUUUGUUGUUUUGGUCAACACGGCAAUUUCGUGGGGAUAUGAAUUUGUGAAAUUCAACUUUUGAACAUAAACUGAAUGGUAAUUUUACUUGUUCGAUGGGAUUUAAUUUCGUGGAUUGACUUAACCACGAAAUCCACGAAAAUUAGUCCCCCACGAAUAUUAAUGAUUUCACAGUAUUUAAUGUAUAAUGACUUCUGUUGUAAGUUGGUGUAAAGGAGGAACAUGUUAAAUACCUUAUGUUUCUGCAGGCCUAAAUAAAUAAGUGAUAUUGGCAGUAAUGAUCAGGCCUGAUGAAAAUAAUUUGAUUUCAUACAAUUAAAAUACAUGUACCACUUGCUCCAGCACCCUGCAAAGUCCCUGUCUAUUUUCAUAUAUUUCUGUGUUUGCAUGGCUUGAAAUCCUUGAUAAACAGUUAUAUUUACAUUCCUUGUGACUUGCAGUGAACAGGGCUUUACUGUAAAGUUUGUAAAAUUUAGCAGUUAUUUUAGAUAUUUUUUUUUUAAAAAUUCCGUAUGUUGUGUUGAUAUAAGAAAAGCUAUUUAUAGGUUGUGUACAUGAGAACAAACAUUUUUUUUACAUGCCAGACAGGAUUUUUCCCAUGUUUUUACUGGUGCUAGAAAAACUCAUCUUUCACUCCGAGAUGUAGGAUGACUUGCCUGCUGUAAUUUAUGAAUGAAUGCAUAAUUUUCAAAGACUUUUAUAAUAAAAUAGUGCUUAAAAAAAGCAUUUUAAAUGUUUUACUUUAUUUCUUCUGUAAAUUGAAGAAAAUGGUAUGCAAGGAAAAGAAUAUAUCACUAGUUGAGGUAGCAGAGGGAGAUGUCUGGUUCUCAUGUUAGUGUUUUGAAGUAACUCGGCAGAGCCUCAUUGCUGUCUUAACAGUUACCAUCGAGUUAGAUAUUUUCAUUCAUCGCACCUUAAACUGUUGAAAGAUUCUUAUAAUUUAUAAAAAAAAAAAAUUUCAUGUGCCAAAUCUAAGUUUUGAAAACAAACUUUCCCCAUGUUGAAUCAUAUGACUGGGUUCUAAAUACUUCACUUACAUUUUGUAAAAAAAAUAAAUAUAUGAGCCGUGUCAUGGGAAAACCAACAUAGUGGCUUUGUGACCAGCAU